AUGCUGGAAACAGCUCGAGAGCUCACCCUGGAGGCUGCCCAAUCCGCCGCGAGUAACAGAAUCGCGAGAACAGAUUCAUCUUCCCGUACAUAUAAUGUCGCUCAAAUUAAAAAGCUCCUGGAUAGUCGCCAUGAGCGAGAGGUCUUGGACGGCAUGCGGAAGGUUAUCUCGUUGAUGUAUAGAUCCGAACCUUCCCAUCCCUUCUUCUCUGCCGUGGUAAAGAACGCCGCUAGCGCCAAUCUCGAAGUUAAGAAGCUGGUUUACAUUUACCUGGUUCAUCAUGCAGAGGCAGAACCAGAUCUGGCCCUGUUAUCCAUCAACGCGAUUCAGAAGUCCCUGACAGAGCAAAACCCACAGGUGCGAGCAAUGGCUCUACGAACAAUGUCAGGCAUCAGAGUGCCGGUUAUCAGUCAGAUCGUAUCGCUGGCUAUCAAGCGCGGAUGCGGCGAUAUGAGCCCACAUGUGCGGAAAGCAGCCGCCUUGGCUAUCCCCAAGUGCUAUCGUCUAGACCCAAGCACGCUACCCCAGCUGAUUGGAUACAUUGAGACUCUGCUUGGAGACGCUCAGUACUUUGUUGUCGGCCCUGCCGUUGCUGCAUUUUUGGAGGUUUGCCCAGAGCAGAUUGACUUGGUUCAUAAACACUAUCGCAGUUUGGUUAAGAAGCUUGUGGACAUGGACGAAUGGAGUCAACUAUCCACCUUGCGUCUCUUGACGAUCUAUGCACGCAAGUGCUUUCCGCAUCGGGUGCAAAAGGUCAAGCGGGCGGUGACCAAAGCGUUCUACGAUGAUGAUGAAGGCCAAGAUGAAUCUAACUCCCAGAAUGAUGGAGAAGAGUAUGAAGUUCCACUAGUUGACCCUGAUCUGGAGUUGCUUCUUCGGGCUUGCAAGCUCUUGCUGCAAAGCAGGAACUCGGCUGUCAUUGUCAGCGUCGUUCGAUGCUUUGUUUAUCUAGCACCCACUGAGUAUCUUACUGCAGCCGUGGGACCUCUAGUCGCACUUCUUCGGAGCCCCCAGGAUAUGCAGCUGAUUGCACUGUAUAAUAUUGUUGUCGUCGCAUUGAGGGACCCGAAACCGUUCACACGAUAUAUUGCGCGUUUUCUCGUUCAUGCAAAUGAUCCUCCGCAUAUCUGGCGCUUGAAGCUUGAGAUUCUUACAAUCGUAUUUCCUCAUUGCGGACAACACUGGAAAGGUGUUAUCAUUAGCGAGUUGGAGAGUUUCUCCAAGGGCGCAGACCCUGAAUUGGUUCGAGAAAGUGUACGAGCAAUUGGACGAUGCGCACAAGGCGAUGCUGCUACAGCAGAAAUCUGUCUACGCAUUUUACUUGGACAGGUUUCCAGUCUUGAUGGAAAUCUUGUUUCUGAGUCUCUGACUGUCAUUCGACAUUUGAUUCAACAGGAUCCACCCGCUCACAAGCAAACUGUUAUUCAACUCGUUACAUACCUUGGAACAACAACCAAUGCUGACGCAAGAGCCACAAUCAUUUGGUUGGUAGGAGAGUUUGCAGCUAUGGAUCCGGGUAACAAUAUUGCCCCGGACGUUCUCCGUAUCUUGAUCAAGGGCUUUGCCGAUGAGCCUGAAGUUGUCAAGCAACAAAUUGUGUUACUAGGUGCUAAAGUAUACCUCCAACAUCUAUUGCAGAAUCAGACGCAGGAAUCUGUUGAAGAUCUCAACAUUGCAGCUUUACCCGAACCACCCGUCAACUCCGAACAGAACAUUCAUAACGAAUGGACAGACGACCAAGCCGAAGAUCAGCAGGACGCAGAUCAUGCCACUGAAAAUGAUGCAGCUACAGAGGAACUUGGUACCAAGGGAGAGGACCGAAUUACUCUACUUUGGCGUUACAUCCUUCUUCUCGCACGUUACGACACUUCAUACGAUCUUCGUGAUCGUGCUCGUCUUUACAAGUCACUUCUCGCCACCCCAUCUUCAACUCAACUCGCCAACCUGUUGCUCUUGGCUCCUAAGCCUGUUCCGCAUGCUCCUAGUCCAUCUGAAACUCGCAAAGAUCUUCUCAUUGGAACUGCGACUCUGAUUGUAGGCCCGGAAGCUGGCUUCCAUGGUCUUCGGGGUUAUACUAAACUGCCAGAGUGGGUAGAGGCGGGUCAAGAGCCUAACCCUAGUCUUCGUACCGAGGACGUCAAGCCGGAGAGUACAAUCACUCAAAGUUCAAUGACUGCUGGAGAGAAGUUGGAUAAGGCCCUCCGUGAACACCAGGCUGCUGUACCUCCGCGACGCCAUAAUGGUCCAGUUGCACCUGGUGGUGGUAAGAAAACUUUGGAUCAGUGGCUUGAGGAAGAAGAGGAGGAGACAGAGUCUGAAACUGAAGAAGAGGAGACUGAUUCAGAGGAGGAAACUGACUCUGAGGAAGAAGGCUCUGAAGAGGAGUCUGAGGAGGGUUCUGAAGAAGAAAGCGAAGAGGAUGAAACUGAUUCUGAGAGUGAAGCAGUUCAUACAGAGGCGCGGCAGUUACUUCAUUAG